AUGCCUGGCAAAUCUACGACACCAGAUGAUGAUGUCUUUUCAAGAAGACCAAAUCCAAAAGGAUGGACGCCUCCCAAGGCACCGUACAACCCCUAUGAUCCUACAGACGUGCGACCAGCACUGGGGUAUCCCUCCGAGUUCCAGCUUCCAGGGCAGCAACCACUGGGGUUCUCAUCUCUCCCACGCCAACCGACACAAUACCAGAAAGUCAACGAGACGAUGGAAAGGUUAAACUAUACAGCACGGCCUCGAUCUGACUUGUACCCCGGUCAGUACAAGAUGCUACGUAGAGUAGACACCAACAAGAAACUUCAUUUGGGCUCGCGCUGGUUCGGCACCUUGAUAACGGGAUCGGCCGUGUUAUACUUUACCUUUUUCUACCGCUGGAACGAAGGUCGAGAUAACGUGUUUACCGAUCUUUACCGAAGCCAGUUGUGGGUCAAGGAAAGGUUGGUUGGGUUGACGAAACAAGAGUUUGACGAUUUGCACCACCCGCAAGCUAGCUAUGCUGCGAUCAAGGGUGUCAAGGACUCGAUGUAUAUCCCGGAAGACAUGAGAAGGACUCAAGAGGGUGCUUAUGCCUUGAAUCGGCCCGGCGAGAGGCAUAUCUUGGAGGCGGAGCGGAUCCAGCAGGAAAUGGAAGAGGAACAAUUGUUACGAGGCGACUAUUUGAAGAAUAACGGCACGACAAGAAAAUAA